AUGGCAUCAAAGAUCACAUUCUUCUUUCUCCUUGCUCUUGCUCUUGUUAUCUCUUGUGCAACGAUGGUGAGCAUUCCAAUAGUGGAAGCUCAGGUUUUUCUUCCUUGCAAAACAACUAAAGAUUGUGAAUACCUUCAUUGCUCAAGUGGGACAGGUCAGUGCAUAAAGAGUCAGUGCCAAUGUAGCGGCUCACUGACUCGCAAAGCUAAAAUCGACAGCUUUAAAACGACGAGUUAUGCUCAGACGUUCAAGGUGACUAGUGAUUGUGAUCCUCGUAUGAAACCUUCAUGUGUUUCAGGAUCUUAUAUGUGUUUCAAUGGAUUCUGUACGUGUACUCAUUAAUGCCUAUUGUCGUAUAAACUAGAGUUUG